UGUCGAAAUGAGCGGCCGCAGUAGCUAGAAUGGCAGUGUUGAAUUUAUGUCAGUUCUGAGACAGAACUAUGGCAGUUAGGAUCAUAAUCGUGUAGCAGGAGUAUCAUGAACUACUACAGUGAUGAAUUACAAACAUUACAUUGGAUAUAUUCUUCGCUGAAGGCUUCUAGCCUUGGAUUUUGUGAACUGUUUUGAGCGGGGCCUAUCAUCGGGCCAAAUCCAAUAUGGCCGCAGUGUUUUUGUAUUUCUAUGCACCUUUUGUUGUCUUCGCAGGAUUUUUACUCUCCUCUGUCGCAUCUCAGAAGAUACUCUGUCCGUCAAGCUGUUCCUGUUUAGGAUCUAUGGUGGACUGCAGUAAGCUGGGACUGACGGAAGUACCGAAGGACCUGCCAAACUGGGUGACAAUCUUGGCAUUACAUUCAAACACAAUAAAGGAAAUACCGGCCGAUGCGUUUGAGAAUCUGGAUAAACUGGAAGAACUGUACUUGAGUAACAAUCAACUGAGCUCAUUGAAUGGUUCCAUCUUUCAACAUCUUUCGAACUUGAAAACUCUAAAACUUUCAUACAACCUUUUGACCGAGAUUCCUUACAUCCAAAAUGGAGGCAACCUGAGCUACCUGUUUAUGCAUCACAACCAGUUAGAGAUGAUCAACGGCGACGCGUUGGAUUACCUCCCAAAGUUACGGACCCUGGACUUGAACUUCAACGCGAUUUCGGAAAUACCUUUAGGAACAUUCUCAGCCAACUGUCCCUUGCAUCAGCUGUUUCUCAACAACAACAAACUGGCAAUGCUUGAGAAAGGCUCGUUGGACAACCUGACGUCUUUGGAGUAUCUCAAGAUGAACAAGAACAAGUUGUCGAUCAUUCCUAAAGAUGUUUUCCAGAAAAUGAUCAAUUUGAAAUUCUUGGAGUUGAAUCGCAAUCGUAUUCGUACAGUCGAGGGUUUGAGCUUCCACGGUCUUGAGAAGUUACGCGUGCUGAAGUUGCGUCGUAAUGUCAUCACCCAACUCAUGGAUGGUGCAUUCUGGGGACUUGGAAAUAUUCAACAGUUAAAGCUUGAUAAUAAUAAUUUGACAACUGUAGCAAAGGGAUGGCUGUAUGGACUAUCCUCACUUCAACAGCUGUCUCUGGCUCACAACAAUAUCCAACAGAUUGAUGCAGAUGGAUGGGAAUUCUGCCAGUUGCUGCUAGAGCUUGAUUUGAGCCACAACAGGAUAACUGGUAUUGGAACAGCAACGUUCGACAGGUUGAAGAAUCUUUCCUUGCUCUCCCUCAAUUUCAACAAAGUCUCAUACAUCGGUACAGGAGCCUUCAAAGGUCUUGCUAAACUCACAGCCUUGGAGAUGAACAACAACGAGAUUUCAUGGACAAUCGAGGAUAUGAAUGGAGCCUUCGAUGGUCUGACCAGUUUGACUCGACUUGGCCUGGAUAGCAAUCGUAUAACUUCCAUCGCAAAGAAGGCGUUCUUUGGCUUGGAUAUGUUGAAGACACUUCAUCUGACUGAUAACGAUAUUACGUCGAUUCAGAGCAAUGCGUUCCAGGUUAUGAGGUCUUUACAGGACUUACGCUUUAACUCCACAAACCUCCUUUGCGACUGCCAUCUUUCAUGGCUGGCUGAGUGGUUGAUUCAGAGUGGUUUCCGGAGUUCGGUCAAUGCCCAGUGCGGCCAUCCACUGUGGUUGAAGGGCAAAAGUAUCUUCGAGAUCAAGGCCAGCGACUACAAGUGUGAUGACUUUCCAAAGCCGAUAAUCAUCACUGAGCCCAAGUCACAGAUUGCGCUCCGAGGGGGCAAUGUGACAUUGCAAUGUUCCGUAGCAAGUAGCAGCAACUCGCCGAUGCAGUUCUCCUGGAGGAAGGACAACGUUAUCAUUAAAGACGCUGAUAUUGAAAACUAUGCUUCGACUGGCGACGGAAGGGUCAUGAAAUUUACGACGCUUCUCCAUAUGAAGAAUAUCCGAGAUGAAGAUGAGGGUCGCUACCAGUGCAUCAUAACAAACGAAUUUGGUACAACUUAUUCCCAGAAGUCGAAAAUUACCGUGCAUGUUUUCCCAACGUUUACGAAGACGCCGCUUGAUGUCACUGUGAAGUCUGGUAGCACUGCUCGACUGGAGUGUGCCGCUACCGGACAGCCGCAACCGGAGAUUGCCUGGCAGAAAGAUGGUGGGGAUGAUUUCCCUGCAGCGCGGGAACGUCGCAUGCAUGUGAUGCCGACCGAUGACGUCUUCUUUAUUGUCAAUGUGAAGAGUUCGGAUGAGGGAAUGUACAGCUGCACGGCCACGAAUGCUGCAGGAACUAUCAUUGCGAAUGCUACUCUAUCAGUUCUUGAAACGCCAUCUUUUGUCAAAAUGAUGAAGGACAAGAGGGUGAAGGCUGGCGAAACAGCGGUCCUCGAAUGCAUGGCGACAGGAAGCCCAAAACCCAAACUCUCCUGGCUAAAAAACGGCAAACCACUGGAAAUCACUCCAAGGCAUUUCUUUACGGCAGAGGGACAGUUAUUGAUCAUUGUUCAAAUGGAACAGUCAGACUCAGGGAGAUAUACGUGCGAGAUGACAAAUACCUUAGGUACAGAGAGUGAUUCAUCAGUUGUGACAGUUAUCGGGGGAGAAACCGCGCAGCAGACUGGAUUAGGUGGUGGGGGUGGCCUGAGCGAUCAGUCCACCACCAUCGGCAUCAUCAUUAUAGCGGUCGUUUGUUGCGUUGUCGGGACGUCGCUCGUCUGGGUGAUCAUAAUCUACCAAACACGGAAGAAACAUGAAGAGUACAGCUCGACGCCUACGGAUGAGAUUACUCUACCGGUCGAUCCGUCAAGUACCGGGAAUUCGUACCAGUCAUCAGAGAAGGACGAGGGGCAUCCUCCCUCGCCAGACUCACUGGAGCGGCAUCAUAGUCACACCCUACUUUCAUUUUCGGGUCACAAUCUCACCCUGGAUACUCUACCUAAGGGGCGGACAAUAUGCAAUGGUCAUGUCGCCCGUUACCUCAGCGACCUCGAGGACAUGACAACCACGGCUCUCAGCGAUGGCGAGGAGACACGGCCACUUCAUCCUCGUUCAGCUGCGAGUUUAAACAAUAUUUCUGCACUUGAUCACACUGAUCAAAAUCCCGAGGAUCAGCAUCCCGUAUCAUCCACAUUCCAUCCUCAAGAAGAGGCGCAGCCGUUCCUAACAUCACAUGAUGACACACCAUCAACAGUCGCCGACGUGCAUCAAUAUCCUAGUUCACCCACAUCGUCACGAUGUCAAAUGCACAAUGAUCAAUCAACGUUAGGUGGCUAUCACGGCACACAACCACCAGGGAUAUAUGCAAUAUCACCGACAGAUGGUUCUGUCCACCCCAGUCAUGAAUCUGAAUGUGCCACAUCACCUCAAACGGCCAACGGUGGAAUUUUCUCCAACGGGGUUCUUCCCAACCAUGGCCAGUGCUCAUCAUUGUCUCCACUCGCUACAACACAGCUGAUCCUCACCCCUCCUCGCUCUGUAAAUACUCAUCACGGACUCGAGUCUCAUCAUAAUAAACCCAGUGCCGUGUCGCCACUGCAUAGCAUUCCGAACGGACACUCAUUACCGUUGGAAUCAACGGGUGAUAAAACGCUACCAAAUCGGACAUUCGAUGUGUAGUGUACAAAUGCAGCGUUAAAGACUGUUGCUUCUUAAAUUUAUAAACGGGUAUUUGUCAUGUGUGCAUCGGCCUAUAGAGGGCAGGGCACUGCUGACUCAUUUUCGCUGGAUCGUAUUGGUUUGGCUAUCUCAGGACGUAUAUCACUGCUUGCAUUGUUGGAGACUUCGGACAGGAUUGCGUGUAAUAUAUUGAGUGAUUGUCACGCUGUUUCUGGGCAUUGACGUUACUUGCAGCAAAGAUAUUCAGGUGUUAUCAGGAACAUGGGAUGAUAUGUCCCAUGACCAGAAAGGACUGGGUUCAUAUCUCAGGUUGUUCAUGGCAGUACCAAACUUGAAUGAUACACAACAGCCUUGGAUUUCAACUGAAGUUUGAGCCAUUCUUUCUGUGUCUGUUGCUUCUUCUUGAAUCCUAAAGGAUUUUGUCUUAUUUGACUUGGGUUUCUGUAACUUCACAUGAUCAGGCUGACAGUUUUUUCUCCCAUUGGGUUAUUUUUGUGAAGACCUCCUUAAUGGUAAAAUUUGCGUAUUGUCAGUUUAUGAACAUAAACAUGGUCUAAUUUUCACACUUGUUUGUCAACAGGCAGUAAGGAGGUCUUCCUGGCGGGGGGGGUUAAGAAUUCAUGACAUGACUUCUUUAGUUAUGUCUUCGCGAAAAAGGCUUUUGGUGCUAUUGUGAUAUAGAAUUUCGUUAAAAAGUGUUGAUGUUUUAAUGAUGAUAUCAGUGAGCGGCAUAGUCGUUAACUAGUAUUGGUGAUUGCAAUUUCUGUGAAAUAAUACAGCAACACUUUGAUAGUUAUGAUUGUAAUUAAAGCUUUACUGGAUGAAGGUCUACUGCACUAUUGUUAAAAAACAUGCUGUUGAAAACUUUUGUCAGUUGCCUGAGCAUUUACUUGAAAGUGUGUCAAGGUCAGGCCAGUCGGCCGAAUUGCAAAUAAAGUCAUCCUUGGUGAACUAUGUGUCAGAACACACCAACCCCACUGACUCUGGUUCUCGGGCAUAACAUUUUCUACAAAACGUAGAUACUAGGAAUUUUGUUAGAUCGAUCCUAGCUUUUGGCACUCGACAGCUGUAAUUUCUGUGCAAUCAUAAUCCAGUUGUGAGACUUUUCUGACUGACACAUGGGAUUUCCUUGACUUGGAAUACCAACCUUUCAACCCCAAUCUCUCUGUGUGGACUCUUCUCGACAUUGCAUUAGGGGAGUCCAUUUGGGAAAUUGGGUGAUGAAGGUUAGAAAUUGAACCGAUCUGUGAUCCUUCUGCAGCAGUAUGAUGCUUUCUGGCCAGGAUAUUCUGCAAGGGUGAAAUUCUAGAUCUUCAUUUAUUAAAGAAUGUCAAAAGGUCGUGGAAUUUGCUGUGAUGACUUGUCAGUAUUUCUUAUGUUGCCUGAAGCACACAUUUUUCUUCCAUGGAAUUUUUCCUGUUCCCCAAACCUCUGAUGAUUUGUUGUGAGUAGUGCUUUAAGAUAUUCCUCCGCCAAAGUGUUAUUUCAAAUAAGUACUCACUUCUCUAAUACAUGCUUAAUGGUGUCUAAACACAAACAAAUAUUGCCAGUCAAUUGUUAAAAUUUUACUUGUUUAAUACUUGCAAGUUCCAUUGAUAGUUUUGUGGAUCAAACCUCCUUGUUCUUCCCUAUUGCCAGUUAUUUUUCAUGACAUCUUUUGUCAAAAAAGUAUUCAAGCCAAAAUUAAGGAGAUUGUUUUCAUAAACAUAAGCAUAAUCUUCCUCUCAGCCAAAGUUUUCCACCUUUUGGAACUGUUUCCUUACUUUACACAACUUCCUGCUUUUGUUUUUGAAAUUGAAGAGUUGGAUGCAAAGGCGCUAUAAGCCGUUCCGAAAAAAUGAGAUGACCAUGGCAGUAUUGUGACUCAAAACAGCUUCAAGUGGAUUAAGGAGCUUUCGCAUCUUAACUCUUCAAUUAUGCCUUCUUCCAAUUACUAGCGAUACUGAAUGUUGGUUAUCAUCUUAUUUUUAUGCCAAAGAUUUUCAGUAUCAUUAUUCACUUGUAAUGAUUUGGGGGAGAAGAGGUCAUGAAUGAAUGUUCAAAUAGAUAAAACGGGUAUGUUUUAAGUUUGUUCGGGCUUUGAAGUCCACUCACAUAGUAAAUCUCUAUCUGAGCUAAAAUGGUCAGAUAUUGUAAUUGCAUAAUUAUGAUUGAUACCCUGGACGCUUCCAAGUGCGAAGUUAUUGUUUCUGAUGGGUUCAUGAAAUGGUGCUAUUUUUGAUUUCUUUUAUUAACUGUGCUAGUGUAGGUUUUAUGCGUUCUAGGGUCCUCAAUCAUGUUGAAAAUAAACCUGGUUGUCCUUGGCUUUCAGCAAAGGCAGUUACAUCUGUGUGAAGAUAUCAAUCACACCCUGGAUCAAGUCUCUGUCUCAGUAUAAUUAUGAUGUCUGGAUGCAGUUGCAUCCUUUGUUCAAUACGGGAGGGAAGGGUUUGUCAAAUGUGAGCUGUUUGGCUCCAACACCAAAACGGUCUUUUGUACUUGAAAUACUUGCUCCGAGUGAAUCGUAAUACAUACUGGUGCACUGCUGUGUACUGCAUGUGCAUGAAAUCAUCCCUUUUCACUGCUUUAAACCGUCAAACAGCAAAAUGAGGUAUCUUGCUUUAAUAAAAUUUGAUUUGAUAUGAAAAAAUAUUGAAAUGUUUUGUGGCUAAUCUAGAGCAUCAUAGCGUUGUAUGUUCUUACUCCAUAAUGUGGAUCUUUGAAGAAAUGUUAUUUGUUUUUAGACAUUAUAUUAAAUUCUUUACCCGAAUACCAUGAAUUUGGAUCACUCAGAUGGAAGUGUUUCUACAUGUAAUACCAAAAAUAUUUAUCAUUUUUUCCUCGAUACCAAAAAUACCGAUCACUUUGAUUAAAGUGAAAAUAUCUCGUUUUGAGAACAUGGUAAUUUAGAUAUUUUUUUCCUUUAAUACCAAAAUUGUUUUGAGAAUAUUGUUUGUAGUUGUUCAGAAGUAUCAAAUUGUAUUUCAAAAUUUAUGUUUCAAAUUUACUGACCACCUAGAUGAAAGUACAAAAUGUACAGUGUAAUUUCUUUAAAUUUUUGGCCAGUUUGUGAUAGUAUUAGAUCUGUACUGGAGUAAUUGGGUAUCAGCAUCCCAAUAGGCGCUGCUCCUUUUCACUAGAGUAUGCAAGAAAAUGCCGUCAAAACUCAUAAGACAUGGACAUUGUUUGCCUGUCACCAAUACCCCAGUAGCGCCGAUAUUUUGCUGGUUUCAAUUGAGUGUUUCAUUAUCUGGACUUUUAUAACUGCUGCAUCCAAAUAUUUGUACAUAAAUGCCUCUUGAUAUGUUGGCGGUGUUCCCUUCUUGAACUGAUGGGAAUAUCGGGUCUUAUUGAAAACAACCAGGAUUGAUGUUCUAUGGGAAACGGAUGUUUUCAACUUAGUAUUUUUAUCAGUUCAAAAAUGGUGCACCUCAACUUGAAAUUUCCUCUCAUAGUUUAUUAAGAAUGUUGAAAAUUACAGUUGAAGAGUUUCAUUUGUUUAUGCCAGGUUGUAAAAUUGUCGCGUGUCAGCAAAAUUUGUCAACAGUCAGAAUUUGUGUGGUGAGUCACAAAAAGGGUUGGGGUGGGGUAAAGUGUUAUCACUAUGUUGCUGUUCGUGUCUUUUGGAAACUUUUGCUGACUGUUUAACUGUCGAUGUUGGUGUUGGUCUCUCGCCUGUAUCUGGGCAGAGUGACAAGCUCCAGCUAUGACUUAAAAGGUAGUCAGAAUGUGUGUUCUGUGCGCUUGAUAAUCUGUUCAAGUUCACUUGGUCAUUUAUUGGGUGUGAGGGGGAAAUGCGGUUCGUAUGCUUCACUGCAACUGUUCUCAGUUUCGUAGUAAAACGUAAUGCCAAAUCUAUCAAGUGUAAGAAAGAAAGCUCAUUUUUCCAAAACGUUUCCUUUUGUCAUGGUUCACAGUUGAACCUUCCUGUGUCAGCUUGUCCUGAUUGCAGUGGACAGUAUGGGCUGAAAUGAGCCUUGUACAGAAUGUGUACAUAGAAAGAGACUGACCAUCUCAGUGUGGUCUUAUUUAUUCUAUCAGAUGGUAUUAUGUGUGUUGUAUGAUGAGGAAUUUGUACAGAAAAUUGCCAGAAAUAAAAGGACCUAGUUUCAAAUGAAAAUUGAAAAAAUUAA